UCACUCACCACUAUGAAAUAAAUGUACUGCUCCUGCAAUAAAGGCUAAUUUUCAAACUGUUCCCCUCCAAGGUUGAAGAUGGGAGCUUCUGUCUGCUGGAGUUGGUUUGCUGCACUCCUAUGUCUCUCCUUUAUGGGGACUGAGGUUCGAUGCGAGUGCACAGAGGACAGAAUGCAAAUCGAAGGUGGCCAUUACACACUGACAAAAAAGCUGGAGAGAGGCAGCCUGCUUGUCUACCACUGUCCCGAAGGCUUCUAUCCAUAUCCUGCCCUGACACGUGUGUGCCAACCUAGUGGCCAGUGGAGACCAGGGGCCAAGAAAUUCUCCCCCCAGAGAUGCCGGAGGGUUGAAUGCCCCGACCCUAAUGUGAUGGAGAACGGCAACGUCUUCCCUCCGCAGGAGAGGUACUUUGUGGGCAACGAGACCACUUAUGACUGCUACUCUGGAUACACGAUGCGAGGCUCGUCCAAUCGAACGUGUUUACAAAACGGGAAGUGGAGCGGCUUCACACCAAUCUGCAGCCGGGACGCCGGCGCUAACUGUCCUGAUCCCGGCAUCCCAGCCGGCGCCGCGAGAUCAGGGAACAUGUUUGGAAUUGAUGACAAAGUGAAAUAUACCUGCAAUGGCAACCUGUUUCUGGUGGGAUCCAGAGAAAGAGUGUGUCUGGAGAACGGCCAGUGGACCGGCACAGAGCCAGCAUGCUAUUACAAGCACACUUAUGACACCCCGCUUGAGGUUUCAGAGGCUUUCGGCAGCGCCAUCAAAGACAGCCUUACCAACCUGCAGUCACUGAAUGAUACACAGGGGGGGAGAAAAAUCCGGAUAUCCAAAGAUGGGACACUGAACAUCUACAUUGCUGUGGACAUUUCUGAGAGCAUUGAAGAGGAACAUUUUGAAAAAGCAAGAGACGCCAUCAUAACACUCAUUCAAAAGAUCUCGUCCUUCUCCGUGUCACCCAACUAUGAAAUCGUCUUUUUCUCUUCGGAGGUAUAUGAAGUCCUCAACAUCCUUAACUUUUUUGACGACACAGUAAGCCUGGCUUCAGUCAUACAAACCUUGAAAGAUUUCAAAAUAGGUGACAGGAACACCGGAACAGACCUGAACCUGGUCUUAAGGACAAUCGAGGAGCGCAUGGCUCUCAUAAAGGAACGAGUUGGACCACAGGCUUUCACGGACCACCGCCACGCCAUCAUCCUCUUCACAGAUGGGGCCUACAACAUGGGCGGCUCUCCUGCACCCACUGUGGCCAGAAUCAAGGACAUGGUCUACAUGAACAACACUGCCGACAAGCAGGCCGGAUCCAGGCUGGAAUAUCUGGACAUUUACGUCUUUGCCAUCGGGGCUGACAUCUUCGAUGAUGACCUGCGGCCGCUCACGGCGGGCACCGGAGGCAAGCAUUACUUCAGAAUGAAGGACAUCACAGGGUUACAGGAAACCUUUGAUGAAAUCAUCGAUGAAAGCGAAGUCGUCGGCCUUUGCGGUCUCCACAAAGAUUAUGAGAUGACGUUUGACAAAAAAGGCAAACGGAUGAGAUAUCCAUGGGUGGCGUUUGUCAUCAACCAGGGAAAAAACCCAAAGAAAUGCUUCGGCUCGCUGGUGGCCCCCAAGUUCAUCUUGACAGCCGCUCACUGCUUCACGUUUGGUGAUUUACCAGAAAACAUCAGAGUUGAAAUCGAUGAUGAAAACGGUAGCCAAGAAAAAAAAGUCCAUCAUUUCUGGUUACAUCCAUCCUAUGAUAUCAAUGCUAAAGCGGAAGAGGGCGUGGCUGAGUUUUAUGACUAUGAUAUAGCUCUCAUCCAAUUACAGACAGCGGUUCGAUUCUCCAGUUUGGCCAGACCCAUUUGUAUACCUGGCACCCAGGAAACGAGUGAUGCUCUUCAUCUGGUCGGCGACUCCACGUGCAAACAGCAAGAGGAGCUUUUGCUGAAAAAUCAUCGUGAAAGGCUCAGUUUCUUAACAAGGAAGCAUCCCCUGGUAGCUGAAAAAGACGUCUUUGCCAAGCUUGGAGCCAAUAGAGAUUUCUGCAUUCGCAAAGCACUAACCGCACAAGGCAUCACGGCCACUGACCCAAAGAUUGCUGUGACUGAUAACUUCCUGUGUACGGGUGGAAAGGUUGAGCACAGAGAUGACAUUGCAUGCACUGGCGACUCCGGAGGGGCUGUGUUCAAGAACUAUGAGCAGCGCACGAUACAGAUCGGAGUGGUCAGCUGGGGAACCCAGGAAAUCUGCAAGGCAGGUGGUAUAUACACAUACGACAAUCCUGAUGCUAGAGAUUUCCAUAUAAAUCUUUUCAAAAUGAUCCCCUUUCUCAAGUCUAUCCUCGGAAAUCAGGACCAGGAUGACUUUACACCGCUAACGUUUUUGCAAAACUAAAUACACAGAUGCUUUAAGCUUUUUUUCUGCCAUUGGACCUUCACCACAAAUUCUCUUUUAAAGCAACUCUAUGUAAAAAUAUCACCUCUGACCACACGGGGGCAGCGUAUCACAAGAGCCCCUGGUGUAAGACACAAUUACCCUUUUUCCACCAAACCGGUUCCAGGGCUGGUUCUGGGCCAGUGCUGGUGCUGGUUCACAACUCAUUCAACCUGUGAACCAGCUGAGAACCGGUUUGUUUUUCCACAGUUCGGGUGCUAAGGGGAGCCACGUCAUUACAUCACUGCAAACGUCACUAAUGUCCCAUCGCUCCUCGUAGCAGCUCCGUGGACACAUCUCUAAAACACAGGUUGUCUCCUCCUCAGACCCAUGAUGCUUUGCUGCAUCCAGAUUAAUUCUUAUUUGAAAAUCCAAACUCAGCACUGGCCCAGAACCAGCCCUGGAACCGGUAGAAAGGGGGUAAAUGAAGUGAACCAGUAGUGGGAUAAGGCGGUAUUACAAGACCAUCUCCACUCAGCAGAGUAGAUGUAAAUGCCCCCAUGUGGUCAGACGUGGCAUUGCAGCUUUAAUAAAGUCUGCAUUAUUUCUGACUUAUGCUUGGGUACUUGAACUAAUCCUGCUACUUAUUCACUUACUUUUCAGACUGUGACAUCAUAAUAUAAAUGUUUUUUCAAGUUUCUGUCACAGUUUAAAAAUAUUUCCAUUACACUUAUUUUCAGAGUUGCACAGUUAUGCUCAUCAAUAAAUCCCAGCAUCAGUUACGAUGUAAAGUGUUUUCAUAUUCCUUAUUUAGAGUGUAGUCAGAAUAUUCUUUGUUGUUUGAAGACUGUAAUAAAUCUGUUUUACCUGUG